AUGAUUAGCUUAUAUAAAUAGAACGAAAACGUCAUUUCAUCAGCGAAGUUACAAAGAAAUAUAAACUGCCUUCUGACGAUAUGGCUUUUACACUCACGAAAUCAUUUCAACGACUUGGAUAUAGAUCUGUUAUAGAUUGCAAAACGUGCUUUUAUCCCGUUUUGAAAAAUGGAUUUUCCAGAUAUCUGACCACAACUGAAGACAUAAAGCAUAGCAAUUUAAAAGUGACUAGAUGUACAACGCCAAGUAAGAAACCAUCCAACAUUGGCAAUAUAGAGUUUGGGUCUGUGUUUACUGAUCAUAUGUUGACUAUACCGUGGACGGAAACUUAUGGUUGGGGCGUACCUGAAAUCAAACCUUAUGGUAAUUUAUCAUUAAAUCCAGCUGCAAAAGUUUUACAUUAUGCUCUAGAGGGUUUUGAGGGCAUGAAAGCAUAUUUUGGCUCAUAUGAUGGCCAGAUAAGAUUAUUUCGACCCAUGGAGAAUGUGAAGAGGUUACAAAGAACAGCAGAAAGACUGUGUCUACCUAGCUUUGAUGGCGAGGAAUUUCUAAAAUGCAUCGUCGAGUUGGUAAAACUCGAUAAAGACUGGGUUCCAAAAGAAGAAAACUGUUCCAUGUACAUAAGACCAACAUUUAUUGGAACUGGGCCAACACUUGGUGUUAACAAACCAAAAGAAGCGUUGCUAUACUGCAUUUUAUCUCCUGUUGGUCCAUAUUUCAAAACAGGCUCGUUUAAUCCAGUCACUUUAAUGGCCGAUGCGAAAUACGUUCGUUCUUGGCAUGGUGGCUGUGGAGACUGCAAGAUGGGAGGAAAUUAUGCUCCGUCGUUAUACGUCCAAGACAAAGCACAUAAGAAAAAAUGUGAGCAGGUUCUCUGGCUUUAUGGUGAAGAUGAACAAAUAACUGAAGUUGGCACCAUGAAUAUAUCUUUUAUUGAAAAUGAAAAUGGCGAAGAUGAACUGAUCUCUCCUCCUUUGGACGGUCUAAUAUUACCUGGAGUGACACGAAAGUCGAUGAUUGAACUGGCGCACAAGUGGGGUGAAUUUAAAGUAUCGGAAAGGCUAUUUACGAUGAAAGAAUUGAAGAAAUGUCUCAAGGAGAAUAGAGUGAAAGAAAUAUUUGGCGCUGGUACGGCUUGCGUCGUAUGUCCUGUCAAAGAUAUACUUUAUAAAGAUGAGAUGCUUCAUAUACCAACAAUGGAAAAUGGUCCAAAGAUCGCCAGACGGUUUUACAAGGAACUUACUGAUAUUCAGUAUGGAAAAGUUUCCAGUCCAUGGGCAAAUGUUGUAAAUGAUUCAUCUGAUGAGAACGAAAAUUUACAAGCUAUGAGUCUAAAUUAGUUGUUGUUUCUAGUUCAUAGAAACCUUUUUCGUCAUAUGGACACUAAGAAGCUAAAUAUAACCCAUUUGUAGAAAACCUCAAUAAUAAAUAUUUGAUUGACAGAAAGAA